CGAGCUCAGGUAGCCUAAGAGCUGUCCUCUCUAUUUCUUAAUGGCAAGACCCAAGAAUGUCUGCUUAGCAUGGCUGUGGCUCCUGAACCGGCGACCCAAAGACCGUUAUGGCUUUUAGAACAGUCUAUUCGGACCCCCUGUCCCGAAGCAUUUUUAAAAAAUUCGUGGUUAUGCUGUGUUCUCUCCUCACCUCCAUGUACCUCCUCCACUGCCUCGCGGACCGCUGUAGCAGCAUGCCCACCCCGGUGAAAGCCUCCAGCCAAGUCGUGGGCUUUUUCGCAUCGGAACUACAAGACUUGAUGUCGCUGAGGAGGAAAAGACUGUUAAAGAAAUGGACCACGGAGUCCAAGGUGCGCUUGAGCUACGAGAGCGCUGACGACAAUAAACGGAUCUCUAAGGACUCACGGUUCGACGAUACUGAUAAGAGACAGGUUUUGUACGAACCGGGACCUCAGGUGGACAGCGAUAGCGAGAACCGGGAAUUGUCGCGUGAUAUCCAGCUUUCAUUGGAUGACAUCGUUUCUUCGAAGAGAUUGUCACACCGGUUUACAGUGAAGACUGGAAGUACCGGUAAACUCAGUCCACUUGGAGAGGGGAGAAAGGAGCUGCCCCAGGCGCUGAUCAUCGGGGUGAAGAAAGGAGGGACGCGCGCGCUACUCGAGUUCCUCCGCGUGCAUCCAGACAUCAGAGCUGUGGGAGCCGAGCCGCACUUCUUCGACCGCAACUACGAGAACGGACUGGAGUGGUACAGAGAGCUGAUGCCCAAGACCCUGGAGGGCCAGAUCACCAUGGAGAAGACCCCCAGCUACUUUGUGACCAGAGAGGCCCCGGCCCGGAUCUCCGCCAUGUCCCGGGACACCAAGCUGAUCGUGGUGGUGAGGGACCCCAUCACCAGGGCCAUCUCUGACUACACACAGACACUGUCCAAGAACCCAAAAAUUCCCACCUUCGAGAGCUUGACCUUCAAAAACAGGACUACGGGGCUCAUCGACACGUCCUGGAGCGCCAUCCAGAUCGGCAUCUAUGCCAAGCACCUGGACAACUGGCUAGAGUACUUCCCCAUGGGCCAGAUUCUGUUCGUAAGCGGGGAACGUCUGAUCAGCGACCCGGCUGGAGAGCUGGGCAGGGUGCAGGACUUCCUGGGACUCAAGAGGAUCAUCACAGACAAACACUUCUACUUCAACCAGACCAAGGGUUUCCCCUGCCUCAAGAAGGCUGAGGGCAGCAGCAAGCCCCACUGCCUGGGCAAAACCAAAGGGCGGACCCACCCCAACAUCCACCCAGAGGUGGUGCAGAGGCUACGGGACUUCUACAGGCCUUUCAACAUGAAGUUCUACCAGAUGACGGGACGCAUGUUUGGUUGGGACGACUGAUUUUGCCUUGGUGGAUUUACAUUUGAGUCAUUUAGCAGAUACUCAUAUUGAGGGACUUACAGGAGCAAUUAUAGUUAGGUGCCUUGGUCAACAGAUUGUCCACCUAGUCGGCUCAGGGAUUCAUACCAGUGAUCUUUCAGUUACUGUCCCAACACUCUUAACCGCUAAGCUACCUGCCGCUCCAGAAUACAGAUGACCAGAGAACACAGAUGACUGUUGACACUGCAGUAUAACUGUGGGACAGCAACAACACUUAGCCAAGAGGCAAUAUGUGUCUGUGAUAGCGGGGAAAGGGUCUUAUCUGCUCUUACUGGCAAUUCAGAGAUUUAACGUGUUCACUGUGUUACUGUGUCUCAGAACCAAUAUCAGCUGAGGCUGGUUGAAGGAAAUGGAGAGGGAUUAUCCCUUAUAGAGCAUGUGGUGGUUCUAAUACAGAGAGAUACUGCAUCUCUACCUCUCCCUGUAGUUCCUGUCAGAGGGCUUUCUGUUUGGGAACCUUUCAGUGAUGCAAAAGACAAAUAUGUUGUUACUAUAUAGGAGGUUAUAUAAAAUCAAAACAGAGAGACUUUGGAUAAAAAGCCUUGUCUGAGUGAUUCUAUACCAUAUUGUAAAGCAAACCCACCUGCUUUUCAAAGAAUUAUAUUUUUCUAGAAACAUUUUGAAAAGUUAAAACUGCAUUUAAUUUAUUUAAGAUGGUGUACACAUGCGGAAUAUAAUAUACAUGUUGA